GCCUCAUCAUUUUUUAUAUUUGUGGAAAAACUAGCAGUGGUCGUACGACCAUCCUUAUUGCUUUUCUUUUUCAUUGGAUAUGCAGCUCUUGUGGACUCGUUGGUGUCGAAAACUCGUACAUGGGAACAAGAUAAUGGCAUAACAUUUGCUUAUGACGGUGUUCCACUCCUUGCCAUGCUAGAUGAGUAUGUACUGCUCAGACAUGAUAGGGAAGAGGAGAAGAAGAGGAUGAGGGAUCAGAAAAAGUUCCAGGAACAGUUGAGUAAAGAACCAGAACCUGUGUUUGGUUCAACUCCAAGCCCAGCUCGACAGCCAAGUACAAAGAAGGUAGUAGGUCCACGAGCAAAUGGGAGUACGAAUGGGACUACUAACAGACGACUUUCUCUUAACGCCCAUCAAAAUGGUUCCAGAUCGAUUAACAGAGACAGGAAGAGAGACUCCACCCCUGCUGCUCCUGUGAACUAUGUUGCCAUGUCAAAAGACGACGCAGUGUCUCACAUUUCUGCCACAGAGCCUGUUCCAAGUACUCCAUAAAUAUUUGAAACCAGUAGAAUAGCUGCUCUUUUCUUUCACGUAUCUUCUCGGAAAUCUAUCGUUGUUUGUUAACUAGAGCAGUUGCUGUAAGAGGAUGUACUUGUUCGAUAAGAGUAAUUUCAUUACUAGGGACUGAAUUAGCUGUUUGUGUUAUAUUGGAGUAGCGAGAAGUUCUCGAGUUUCUA